AUAAGUAUGGAUGGCGAACUGCAAAUAAGGAGCCAGGUAUCCGGACUUUGCUUCUCGUCCGACGGUAGUAAGGAGUGGACAACAUAUUGGCUGCGUUUGUCAAAGUUCAGAGUUUCCUCGAGGAACAAGUUCACUGUUGUGGGAUGUGACAGCUACGCGUACCUUCUAGGGUCUCGAGCAGGGUUAAGCUACAGUGCCGGAUGCAUGUCCACCUGCGACUCCAUCAAGUCUGUGUAUACAAAGUCUUGCACAGGUAGUGGAUGUUGCCAGAUAGAGAUUCCUGAUGAACUAUCCUAUACAGAUGUAACAGCAUACAGUUUCAACAACCAUACAAAGGUGCGAUAUUUCAAUCCCUGCACCUACGCCUUCGUUGUAGAAAAUGGCAAAUUCAACUUCUCUAGUGAAUAUCUCGAGAAAAUCCCACAAGAUAUAAACUUCACGAUGUUGCUUGAAUGGUCAAUUGAGAAGGCCGGUGAUCACAAACUAAGCUCUGCCUGCAAGGAUAAUGCUACGAGUUAUAAUCUAGACAACGUUUCUGGAUAUCGUUGUAAAUGCAAGGAUGGGUACGAGGGGAAUCCAUAUAUUGGCUGUAGAGACAUCGACGAAUGCGCUCGUCCAAAUAACUGUUCACACAAAUGCACUAAUACGGAUGGAAAUUAUACGUGCACUUGCCCUAAGGGAUACCAUGGGGAUGGGAGAAAAGACGGAGAAAGAUGCACAGCUUCUCAAUUUCCCCUUAUGAAGAUAAUUAUUGGUGUUGGCAUAGGAGUUACAGUCUUGUUUGUUGCCACCUCUUGGCUCUACUUGGUUUUAAAGCAGAGAAAGCUAAUCAAACUUAGAGAGAAAUUCUUCAGGGAAAAUGGGGGUUUUAUCUUGCGACAGAAAUUAUCUGGACAACAAGGAAACCCUGACAUGGCAAAAAUCUUUACAGAUGAGGAGUUAAAGAAGGCCACCAACAAUUUUGAGGAGAGCACCGUCGUUGGCAAAGGAGGCUUUGGAACUGUUUAUAGGGGAAUUUUAGCUGACAACAGAGAAGUUGCCAUCAAGAAAUCAAUCUCCGUUGAUCAAAACCAAAUCGAGCAAUUCAUUAAUGAGGUGGUUGUGCUGUCUCAAAUUAACCAUAGGAAUGUGGUCAAGCUUUUAGGUUGUUGUUUAGAGAAUCGAGUCCCCCUGCUGGUUUAUGAAUUCAUCUCCAACGGUACAGUAUUCGAUUGCAUGCAUAACCAAAGAAAUGCAUCAGCUCUCUCUUGGGAGCUACGUCUGAGGAUAGCAGCAGAAACGGCAGGAGCUCUAUCUUAUCUGCAUUCUGCAGCUUCUGUACCGAUCAUCCAUAGGGAUGUGAAGACUACCAACAUGCUCUUAGAUGCUAAUUACACUGCAAAAUUGUCUGACUUUGGAGCUUCAAGAUUAGUUCCACUAGAUGAAACUCAGUUAUCUACAAUGGUGCAAGGAACACUGGGAUACCUAGACCCAGAAUACUUGCGUACAAAUCAACUGACUGAGAAGAGCGAUGUGUAUAGCUUUGGAGUAGUACUUGCGGAGCUACUAACGGGCAAGAAAGCUCUUUCUUUCGAUCGGCCUGAGGAGGAAAGGAGUCUAGCUGCGCAUUUCCUUACUCGUGUGAAAGAGGGCAAAUUGUUUGAAAUUCUUGAGAGGCAUAUUGUGAAUGAGGGAAACGAAGAGCAGGUAAUGGAAGUGGCUCGGCUGGCGAAGAGGUGUUUGAAUUUGAAAGGGGACGAAAGGCCUUCCAUGAAGGAAGUAGCAAUGGAACUGGAAGGCCUCCACAUGAUGAACAUGCAUGCAUGGGCGGUUGUGAAUGCAGAGGAAACAGAGUUCUUGCUCACCAGAGAGGAAUCCAAUGCUUCCAAUAAUGGAGACGGAGUCACUGCAUCAACCAAGCCCAUUUGCCAAGAACAUUGUGGAGAUGUAAGCAUCCCAUAUCCAUUUGGCUUACAAUCAGAUUGUAGCCUAAACAAAGAUUUCCUUAUCACUUGCUAUACCACCGAUUCUACACCUCCACAGAAAGAAGCUUUUUUGUGGAAUUCUACUAUUAAGGUUAUAAACAUAAGUAUGGAUGGCGAACUGCAAAUAAGGAGCGCGGUAUCCCGACGUUGCUUCUCGUCCGACGGUGAGGAGUGGACAACAAAUUGGCUGCGUUUGUCAAAGUUCACAGUUUCCUCGAAGAACAAGUUCACUGUUGUGGGAUGUGACAGCUACGCGUACCUUCGAGGGUCUCGAGCAGGGGUAAAUUACAGUGCCGGAUGCAUGUCCAUCUGCGACUCCAUCAAGUCUGUGUAUACAAAGUCUUGCGCAGGUAGUGGAUGUUGCCAGAUAGAGAUUCCUGAUGGACUAUCCUUUACAAAUGUAACAGCAUACAGUUUCAACAGCCAUAAAAAGGUGCAAGAUUUCAAUCCCUGCACCUACGCCUUCGUUGUAGAAGAUGGCAAAUUCAACUUCUCUAGUGAAUAUCUCGAGAAAAUCCCACAAGAUAUAAAGUUGACGAUGGUGCUUGAAUGGUCAAUUGAGAAGGCCGGUGAUCACAAACUAAGCUCUGCCUGCAAGGAUGAUGCUACGAGUUAUGAUCUAGACAAGGUUUCUAGAUAUCGUUGUAAAUGCAAGGAUGGGUACGAGGGGAAUCCAUAUAUUGGCUGUAGAGACAUCGACGAAUGCGCUCGUCCAAAUAACUGUUCACACAAAUGCACUAAUACGGAUGGAAAUUAUACGUGCACUUGCCCGAAGGGAUACCAUGGGGAUGGGAGAAAAGACGGAGAAAGAUGCACAGCUUCUCAAUUUCCCCUUAUGAAGAUAAUUAUUGGUGUUGGCAUAGGAGUUACAGUCUUGUUUGUUGCCACCUCUUGGCUCUACUUGGUUUUAAAGCAGAGAAAGCUCAUCAAACUUAGAGAGAAAUUCUUCAGGGAAAAUGGGGGUUUUAUCUUGCGACAGAAAUUAUCUGGACAACAAGGAAACCCUGACAUGGCAAAAAUCUUUACAGAUGAGGAGUUGAAGAAGGCCACCAACAAUUUUGAGGAGAGCACCGUCGUUGGCAAAGGAGGCUUUGGAACUGUUUAUAGGGGAAUUUUAGCUGACAACAGAGAAGUUGCCAUCAAGAAAUCAAUCUCCGUUGAUCAAAACCAAAUCGAGCAAUUCAUUAAUGAGGUGGUUGUGCUGUCUCAAAUUAACCAUAGGAAUGUGGUCAGGCUUUUAGGUUGUUGUUUAGAGACUCGAGUCCCCCUGCUAGUUUAUGAAUUCAUCUCCAACGGUACAGUCUUCGAUUGCAUGCAUAACCAAAGAAAUGCAUCAGCUCUCUCUUGGGAGCUACGUCUGAGGAUAGCAGCAGAAACGGCAGGAGCUCUAUCUUAUCUGCAUUCUGCAGCUUCUGUACCGAUCAUCCAUAGGGAUGUGAAGACUACCAACAUGCUCUUAGAUGCUAAUUACACUGCAAAAUUGUCUGACUUUGGAGCUUCAAGAUUAGUUCCACUAGAUGAAACUCAGUUAUCUACAAUGGUGCAAGGAACACUGGGAUACCUAGACCCAGAAUACUUGCGUACAAAUCAACUGACUGAGAAGAGCGAUGUGUAUAGCUUUGGAGUAGUACUUGCGGAGCUACUAACGGGCAAGAAAGCACUUUCUUUCGAUCGGCCUGAGGAAGAAAGGAGUCUAGCUGCGCAUUUCCUUACUCGUGUGAAAGAGGGCAAAUUGUUUGAAAUUCUUGAGAGGCAUAUUGUGAAUGAGGGAAACGAAGAGCAGGUAAUGGAAGUGGCUCGGCUGGCGAAGAGGUGUUUGAAUUUAAAAGGGGACGAAAGGCCUUCCAUGAAGGAAGUAGCAAUGGAACUGGAAGGCCUCCACAUGAUGAACAUGCAUCCAUGGGCCGUUGUGAAUGCAGAGGAAACAGAGUUCUUGCUCACCAGAGAGGAAUCCAAUGCUUUCAAUAAUGGAGACGGAUUCACUGCAUCAAGUGCUGGGAUUGAUAGCAUGAAGGACAAUUUACUUGUAUCAGUAGGAGGUGGCAGAUGAAUUUAAUCGCAUCAAUGAUAAGCUUCUUCCUUGUUUUAUUUAUUUAUUUUCAUUUGAAGUACGUUACUCAGUUCUAUUGGCAUACAGUGUUAUGUAAUUUAUUAUCUUUACUGUAACAAUCAAUAUGUGACUUUU